AUGUGCAACCUAUUCGUUACCCACUACGCCUGCAGCCACAAGAAGCGUGUGCUCAUCGGUCACCCCUGCCCUGUAGCCCAAUUCUCUCACGUCGAUGACGACCCAGUGCCCAUCUCUUGUGCAGUGGGCUUUCCUAUCCAGGAAAUUAACUCUUCCUGCAACCACCAUCGUACCAACUUCUUGCUUACGUGCCAUGAGCAGCAAGGACUGGAUUACCGUCAGCUCCGCAUCAUUGAAAUCUGCGAACCUCGCGCCGAGGAGGCAUAUUUGCGCUGGGGUGAGGCGACGCGGCGUAUUGCCCGCUCCCAAAGAGUGCUCACGGGUAAAGUUCCACAUCUUCAAGAUACCGAUUGCAGUGGCAUGGCGUGGCGGGGAGAAUCGUUGGGCGCAUAUCCAGACAUUGAAACUAUGGCUGCUGCGGCUUGGAAUGCUACUCUCCACGCGCACCAAAGCCUAAAGCUCGCUCGCUCGUAUUGUGCGAAGCGUAUUGUGGCUGGCUUUCACGAUAUUAAACCCUGGAAUGAAGGGGUGGCCGUUUGUGUAGCCGCCGAUUGCCGGUCUCGAAUCGAGGAUUGGCUUGGUCAAGGUGGACCCCAGUUGAGGCAGGUGGUCGCUGUGUUGGAAUCUGUCAUCAAGAUACAACGAGGAGCUGAGUCCAAUAUGGCCACGGAUGUUGAAACUGCUACCGCAAACUCUGAUAACGAUGAGGUAGAAAAUGCAGCUGAAGAGAUGAUCCGCGACUUUUCCGCGAUGCUGAAGAUAUAA